AUGACAACGAACCAUCCAUCCUCAACGCUUGAGAAGAGGGGUGUCGUAUCGUCCUUUAUCUUCCAUUUUCCACCUGAUCAACCGAACGAGCCUGUCGUUGCGCUUUUCCGUCGCAGCGACAAGGUAAACACUUACCAACACCACCUGGCUCCGAUCUCCGGUACUAUUAGUCGCAACGACAAAGACCCCCUCACGGCCGCUUGGCGCGAACUUCAGGAAGAAACCACGCUUACACCCGCAUCUCUAUCACUCUGGCGAACCGGCAAACCGUUCACAUUCAGCGACCCAUCCGUGAACCGACAAUGGACGAUUCACCCGUUCGCUUUCCGGCUCACCAGCGCGGAAAGCACUAUCAAGAUAGACUGGGAGCACGAGGGAUGGGAAUGGCACGAUCCACGAGCAGUUUCGGAUAACGAAUCCUUUGGCGAAGUCCCGCGACUAAAGGAAUCACUCCACCGUGUCUGGUUCGAAGGCUCGGUCAACCCGCGAGCUGGAAAGGCCUUCGCCGCCUGCCUCGACCGAUUACACACCGACCACGAGAGUGGAGCCAACGAGCUGACAGCCAUCGCCUUGUCUGGGUUCCGUGAUUUCAUCAUGCAUACGCGGAACGGGCUGGACGAGAACUGGUGGUCCACGGUGCGGUCGGUCGGGUGGCAUUUGGUCAAGAACGGGCGCGAAAGUAUGGCUGCAGCGAUUUUGAACGCCGUGCUAUCGGCCCUCGCGGGGAUCCAUGACGUCUUAACUCAGAACACGGAUGACGAUAUAAAAUGGGAUCGCAUUCUCGCGUUGAUGGAUUUCGAGGUGACGAGACGAACGGCGAAUACAGGGCGAAUCAUGAAGUCAUUUACGGAGUACCUGAAAUUGCAUUUCCUCUCCGAGGGGAAAAGAGACAAGAUUAGUCUUCUCACGAUGUCCGCUAGUUCGACGAUUCGCGACAGUAUCCUCGAUGCGUUCGCCGCGCUAGACAUUCAGACACUCGAGCUGCGAGUUCUGGAAUCCCGGCCACUCUUCGAGGGCGCCAGCAUUGCAUCGUCCAUCCUCUGCCGAUUCAAAACCCAGUUCGAAGGUUCGAACAAGAACCUCAACAUCAAAAUCUACACCGACGCCUCGGCCGCCCUUGCCGCAGAAAACGUCGACAUUGUCCUCCUCGGCGCCGACCGCAUCUCCGCACACAAAGGCGUCAGCAACAAAACCGGCUCUUUACCCGUUGUCCUCAGCGCAAAGCACGUAUCCCCCAAAGCACAGACUGUCGUGCUCAGCGGACUCGAAAAGAUCAACGGAACCUGCGGCCUAAUCGACGAUAAUAAGCGGGAAGACAACGGGCCCAAGGAGGUGGUGCAUACCUGGGGGAAUGACGGGAUCAAGGGGAUGAAGGUUCUGCACGAGGGGAUGGACAGGGAAGUUGUGGAAGUGAAGAACGUCUACUUUGAAUGGGUGCCGUUGAGUCUGGUUGAUACGUUUGUGAGCGAAGAAGGUAUCUUGGAUGUUCAGACUAUAGCCGAUCAGUCGAGGCAGCUGGGGCUUUUGGCGGAUCGAUAUUUCGGCGAUCUUUAG